AAACCGGUUUCUUCAGGGCGGACAUCCGGGUGAAGGACCGUAGGCACCUGUCUUUGCCACCGACCAGCAGCUGGAGGUCCUCGCCUCGUCGAAGCAGUGGUUUGUGGACGGCACAUUCAAGUUGGUCAGGAAGCCCUUUACCAAGCUGCUGUCCAUCCAUGCCUACAUCAGGAGCGGGGAUGCCCUGAAGCAGGUGCCACUUGCGUUUGCCCUGAUGUCAGGAAAGCAUGCAAAGGACUAUAGAAAGGUAUUCCAGUCCAUUGUGGAAUGCCUCCCUACACCCCCUGCAGUGACGCUAUUUACGGCUGACUUUGAACGUGGUAUAUGGAAGGGAUUACAGGAGGUCUUCCUCGAGGCCAGGAUCCGUGGUUGCGUCUUCCACUGGUCUAAGGCAGUGUACACCAAGGUCCAGGAGAAUGGACUACAGAGAGACGACGUCAACAAGUGUGUCCGGAAGUUGAUGGCUCUCCCUCUCAUCCCUGAGGAGCACAUCGUUCCUGCCUUCCAGAGGAUAAGCAACUCCGUGGGGGAGGAGGGACCCUUGAGGGAAGUUGUUGACUAUGUCCAACGGACAUGGAUCAACAACCGCACCUGGCCUGUGUCAUCCUGGUGUACCUUCAACCAGUCCACUGGAUUUUCCUGA